CUUUACGUUUGUGUUUUAGUCGAUGUCAAAGCCCGGUUUGCACGUUUAAAUCUGCGCAUUUAGUGCAGAAUUCCGACCGGGACCUACGCGGCUAAUGUCAACAGCUAACGCUAGCUAACGUUAGCUCGUCACCGUUAACCUGUUCGAGCUAACGUCUGCUGGUCAGUUUAGUGAAACUAGCAGCUACGUGUUUCCUUAACGACGGGAUUUAAUCGUUCAGCCGCUGCUAACCUCACCCAUCGUGAAGCCUCUUUAGCACAGCCGAAUUGUCUUUGGUGUUUUUGCGUUACCGGCCACCCACUGUGCAGAGAAUAGCCACAAAAAAACUGACCCGGAGGAGCCGAUGGAUGGAGUCGCGCGCGGCACGUGCUGUCAUUUGUUUCAAAACAGGUGUUCCAGGUGAUGCACGCGACUAAUUUAGGUGAUCGGGUAGCUGGUUUUGGCGGUGUCACCUUCAGGUACGGACACACGAACUGGACCGGGAAAAAAUAUGACACGAUCCAGUGGAGGAAAAUGCAAAUCAGAGCUCUAAACAAAGGAUCGGUGUUUAACGGAGGCAGGAGCCGGUGGAAACAACCUCUCAGGACAACAAAGGCAGCUCCUCACCCACCCUACCUCCCGCAGCAGAGCCGCAGUUUGAGAGCUUCCGACUCAUGACUGUUUGAGGGGACGCGGCCCCACCGUGGCCCAUGCACUGUAUCCGUUUCCCUCCCUGUCCUCCAUAUCCCUCAAGCUGACGCAAAACCCCAGACACCUGCCCCCCCUCCCCCACCCCCACUCCCACCCCAUCCCCAGCGACUCACCUCCUCCCGCCAUGGUGUCCGGCACAGAAACCGUGCACUACAUCCACCUCCAUAACUCCAGCCAGUCCGUGCUGGAAGCCCUGCGCACCCAACGGCGCGAAGGCCUGUUCUGCGAUGUGACUGUGCGGAUACACGACGCCUCACUGCGCGCCCACGCCUGUGUCCUGGCAGCCGGCAGCCCCUUCUUCCAGGACAAGCUGCUGCUGGGUCACUCUGAAAUCUCCGUGCCCCCGCUGGUGCCCGCUGAAACGGUGAAGCAGCUUGUGGAUUUCAUGUACAGUGGCUCGCUGGUGGUGCUGCAGUCGCAGGCCCUCUGCAUCCUCACUGCCGCCAGCAUCCUGCAGAUUAAGACGGUCAUCGACGAGUGUACCCAGAUCAUCUCUCAGAGGAAGGCGGCGGCAGGAGCGGCAAGUGCAGCUGCAGCAGCGGCUGCAGCGGCAGCAGCAGGAGGAGGGAUGCUCGGAGGAGUUCUGCCUAAACAAGAAGAACGCGGCGGGGGCAAAGGGAGGGAUAGCAACAGCAAUGGAAGUUGCUCUGUUGGCGGUGCGGGUGGCGGUGGGGGUUACGCAAACUUCUCCAACUUCAUGGCCGAAUGCGGGGCUAGCAACAUGGGCGGGGGGCUGGGCGGUGCCAGUGUUAGUGUCAGUGAGAGCGGCCCAGGCCCGAUGGAUCAAGCUAACACUGUCAGUCUGAUGGCGUUGGGCGACAUGGGCCCCGGCUCCAUGUGCGGCGGUGAUGGGAUGGGCGCUGGGCCCGGCACAAUCCUCAUGAAGCAGAGCUCCAGCUGUACUCAGGACGUAAGGUACAAGCUCCGAGACCUGUUGGCACAGACGGCCAACGGAGCCAGCACUAGUAGCACAGGGAACCUCUCGGCAGGCUGCAGCUCCGGUGUGGGCAGCGUGGACAGCAUUGGCAGGGACAGCCUCCGCGGCAACACAGCUGACCUCUCUGACGACCUUGUGGGGAUAGACAGAUACAGCGAGGAGGAGGACUUGGACGGGAGAGAGCGGGGAAGAGAUGGAGACAGAGACAGGGGGGUGAGCCACAGCCGCAAGCAGAGGCAGCCGCUAAGACUCCAGGUGCUGGGAGGAGAGGGAGUGGUGGUGAAAGACGAAGGGGUGCAGGACACAGAUGGGACUGUCUACGCCUUGGAGGACGGGAGGCGAGAUCAAGAGCAGGAGGGCUCCCAGGAAUCGAUGCCGAGCUUCGGACAGGAUUUCUACGAUGAGCAGGGCGUGUUUUCCGAGAGUUUCUGGCCCCAGAGCGAGCCUCCUCAGGCCAUGGCUUUCAACCCCAGAGGAAGGGUCAACAAGCCUCUGACUCCACCUCCGACCACACAGUCCAUCAACAACCAGCUUCUGUUUCAGUACCCAGUGAGCCAGUCGCAGCCAGCUCCGUUUUAUGUCGGUGGGCCCAUGGGUGGAAUUGACAGCAUGGCGGGGACUGAGCCCAGUCAGCAGGCUCCGCCCCCCACACCAAUGACCCCGGCCCCACCGCCCUCCACCUCCUCUUGCUCCGCUGGGCCAUCCCCUUCAUCCCAGGGAUCCGAGACCUCGUUCGACUGCAUGCACUGUGGCAAAUCUUUACGUUCCAGGAAGAACUACAGCAAGCACAUGUUCAUCCACUCUGGUCAGAAACCUCAUCAGUGCUCCAUCUGCUGGCGCUCCUUCUCCCUGCGGGACUACCUCCUCAAACACAUGGUGGUGCAUACUGGCGUCAGGGCCUUCCAGUGCACCAUGUGCGGCAAGCGGUUCACCCAGAAAAGCUCCCUCAACGUGCACAUGCGCACACACCGUGCUGAGCGCACCUUCCAGUGUAACGUGUGCCACCGGGCUUUCACCCACCGCACCUUGCUGGAGCGCCAUGCCCUGCAGCACGCCCACCACGCCCCCCAGACCCCGGGCCAGGGCCAAGGACGUGGAGCCGACAUGACCUCACCUACCAAGCACAGUCCUCCAGCUAUGGGAGGGCCCUCAGGUAUGGCUGGCGCGGCCGGCAUGGUUGGCAGCAUGGCCAGCAUGCCCAGCCAUGGAGCUUCCUCCACCUAGAAAGAGAGAGAAGGGAAGGUAAAGGGGAGAGAAGGGGAGGUUAGUGAGCGAGCCCAUUCCUUGAACCAACACCUAUUUGGUCCUAACAGCCUUGUUGAUCUUUUGUUCUGGUGGAAGAGCGCUUACAGGUCCCCAUUGUUUUUAGCUUAAAGCCACCUUCAAUCAGGGUUCCUACACAGGGCUGGAAGGCCUUUUAAGUUUGAAAAUAAUGUAAAUUUCUAAAGUUUUUUGGAAUUGCACAAAAAUCCUGGGAAAGUUUGAGGGGAGAAAAAGAGGUUUCUUUUCCGGAAACCCAUCGUAUAUAGUUGUAGCCCUACUGUCAUUUCCUGUGUUGUGACAUUUGUUGCUGUGAGGAUUAAUCAUCAGCUGUAGAGCAACAUCGCUAACAAUCACACACCUUGUCAAAUAGCCAUCCAAAAAAAGUCUUGAAAUGUGUAGGAACCCUGUUUCAAAGAGACCAGAGACUCACCAAAGAGGUUAGGAAAACAGAGCCGGGUUUGGGUGAGGAGGAGGGAGUGUGUGGCGUUUCUAGGUGGAGGUGAGGGUGGGGAGGGGGGAUGAAGAUCGGUGGUAAAAGGAGUUACAUGUUAGGGAUGGGUGGGGUGGGCAUUGUGCAAGGUUUGAUUCACCCUCAAUUCAUUUAAUUCAGUCGAACCUUUUAAAUCCCAUAAAUCAAACAUAUGAACAUAACAGGAACAACCCGCUCCUAUGACGGUUGUAAAAAUGGUUUUGUUGGAGACGUCAGCAAGUAGGUGAGUAAAAUGUUGUCCUAGCCAACUACUAGACAAAACAAUUCUAAAAGGAGCCAUAAUUUAACAAGAGUAAUUUCUCUUUAAGGAUUUUAUCACUAUAUUUUGCUUUCAUGUGUCCUAGAUAGUGGGAAAAUUUCAGUUACCAUUGCGAUUAUUAGCAUGUUUGUUGUCCAGCUUUUUUGUUAUCCUCAUUCUGAUACUUGCAUAUGUAUAGUAUAUUUAUAUACUUGACCAGUAUAGUAUGUCAAUGGAAACUGACCCUUGCAAAGUAGUGGUACCUAGCUAGCUAUACCUGAUGGCCUGAAAUGGCGAUAAAUAUUGCACCGUGGAACCAAUGGAGCCUUCAAUAUACAAAGAAGAAAUAUUUUCCAAAUUAAAUUUCAAUGAGUACCUUAAAGGUUAAUUUAAGUAAGCUGAUCAGUGUGGUCAAAUGUAAAUAAUAUUACAUGAAAUAGAGUCUUGUAAAGACUCAGUACUUCGAGCACAGAUCAGAUAUUUCUACUUCAUGUUGUUCAUUUAUUUUGCUUCAAGCAGUUUUCGUAUUAAGGUGUUUCCAACUCAAGGCAAAGUCCUACAAGGUCAGUUUGAUGUGAGGUCAGGGUUCGGUUAGGAGUGAACAUUUGUUUGAUUUCGUAUAGAAAUCGCAGUUUGCCGUUUGCUAACUGCUUCAUUUCAAAGGCUGCAGGUUGGAAUGUAAGUUCUUCACCACAUCUGACCUGUGGUUUAAACUGACUGGCCAGUGAGUUUACAAAUUCCUGCCAUCCUCCUAGUUUGAUCGUCAUGUCUUUGAUGGCUUCUCAUGUGGUAACGCUCACCACAUUUUAAGUCUACUCCACAGUAAAUAGUGAACUCCUUGAUUAAAAUAUGUGUAUUAGGGCUGAAACAAUUCCUCGAGUUAGUCGUUUACUAAAAUUCCUCGUGACAAAAUUGUCUGAAUGGAGACUUUGUUUAAUCCACUCCAUACUAGACCCCAGGUUACUAACUAGUCCGGACUCAGACUUCAUCCGAUACUGACUCGGACCUGUAAUCAAUAAAUUUUAUUUAAUAAGAAGAUUUUAAAUUUGACGGGAUGCUUCUAUUUUAACCGGUGCAGCUUUUCUAGUGUUUACGGUAUUUAGCAGAUCAGAGAACUGAACUAUGAAGCCAGUAAGACAGUUUAACAUAGUCAGACUGUCUUUGUUUGAGUCAACAGAAACUAAAACCUCAGUCAGAUUUAACAGGUAUGAAGGUGGUUUUCAACUUUCUGAACAAUGAGGAACAUAAAAAUCCAUAUAUAUAUAUAUAUAUAU